AUGACCUCGAUUAAAAAAGUUAAAGUGAAACCGAUAAUUGGCGAACGUUUUGUGAUUAUUCCUUUAACCAGUAAAAAGUUAGGAGAAAUUUAUCGUUAUGAGGUUCGCACUUUUGUUGAUAGUAAGAAUGGCAAAGCCUUAAUCGACCAAGUGAAAACAGUGGAUAAAAAAAGACUGAUAAAAAAAUUGGGACAGUUAACUGAAAAAGAAAUAGAUGCUAUUCAGGAAAAACUAUUAGCGAUAUUUGAUUUAUGGGAAUACUUAAAGAAAAGAGAGAUAGUACCUAGAUAUCCAACAAAAAACCAGCCAAGACAAAAUUAUGAUUACUUAAUAAUUGAUGGACCGGCCAAAAUAAGUAAAGAGAGUUUGGAAAUUGCCAAACAGGCUAAUUUAGUCAUUCAACCUGUCCGCCCUAGUCUUGAUGACCUAAACCCUGCUAUCAGAGAGUUCAACGGACUAUUUAAGGCAGGAAUUUCUAAAAAUAAACUAACUUUUUUAAUAAAUGCGGUUGGUUCUCCCGCUAUGGAAAAAGCCACUCGUGAUUAUUUGUCUCCUGCUGGUUAUUAUAGUUUCCCACUGGCAUUAGAGGAAAAAGUUUCUUACCAAGAAGCCCAGAACCAAGGAUUAAGUAUUGGGGAGGUGAAAUAUAAAAGAUUACAAGAGCAAUGA